AUGGAUGACGAUCUGUUCCCGAACACGACCGAAUACUACGACAUCGAUUACAGCGCCUUAGAGCCGUGCCACAAAGCGGACGUGAGGCGGGUGGGAGCCCGGCUCCUCCCCCCCCUCUACGCCCUGGUGUUCGUGUGCGGCGUGCUGGGGAACACGCUGGUGGUGCUGACCCUGAUCCACUGCAAGAAGCUGAGGAGCAUGACCGACAUCUACCUGCUCAACCUGGCCGUCUCCGACCUCCUCUUCCUCCUCGUGCUGCCCUUCUGGGCUCACUACGUGACCUUCCAGUGGUCUUUCGGCCACGUGGCGUGCCAGUUGCUGACGGGGGUCUACACGCUGGGCUUCUUCUCGGGCGUCUUCUUCAUCGUCCUCCUGACCGUCGAUCGGUACCUGGCGAUCGUCCACGCCGUGUUCGCCCUCAAGGCCCGGACGGUGACAGCCGGCGUGGCCAUCAGCGCGGCCACCUGGCUGCUGAGUGCAUUGUUGUCUCUGCCACGCGCCCUGUUCGCCCGGACCCAGCAAGAGCUUUCUCGACACACGUGCAGUCCCCAUUUCCCACGCAGCCAGUACCAGCUGUGGAGGAACUUCCAGGCGUUCACGGUGCUCCUGGUGGGCCUCGUCCUGCCCCUGCUGGUCAUGGUCAUCUGUUACUCGGGCAUCCUCCACACGCUGCUGCGGUGUCGGAACGAGAAGAAGAGACACAGGGCCGUGAGGCUGAUCUUCGUCAUCAUGGUGGCCUACUUCUUGUUCUGGGCCCCCUAUACGAUUGUUCUUCUCCUGUACACGUUUCCAGCCUUCUUUGACCUGGAUAACUGCGACAGCUCGAGAAGGAUGGACCGGGCGAUGCAGGGGUCGGAGACUCUGGGGAUGAUGCACUGCUGUAUCAACCCCAUCAUCUACGCCUUCGUGGGGGAGAAGUUCCGGAGGUAUGUCUUGGUGUUCUUCCAGAAGCACAUUGCCAAACACCUCUGCAGACACUGUUCCAUCUUCCACAGAGACAUCCCUGACCACGCAAGCUCACUGUACACCCGAUCUACCGGAGAACAGCAGGAAAUCUCUGUUGGUUUAUGACCGGGAUUCUGGUUGGCGUGUGAUUUUUGACUGAGUUGUAUCUAUGAC